GCGCCUGCGCGGGAAGUCGUGCGGCGGCGCGCGCGUCGGGUUUCCCGCAGGGGCAGGCUCCGGAACGGGGGGCAGAGCCUGCGGGAGCGGCCCCGGGGACAGGACGGCUGCCGACGCGUGGUCCGGGUCCGUGAGGAGCCCUGGGGGCCCGGCCCGGCGCUCCCGUCCUCGUCCACCGGGCUCCUCACGGGGGAUGACCCCCAGCGAGGUGCCUGCGCCUACGUCCGGGGCGGACCCUGCAGGUUUUCUAUCAGAUGUUCCACCGUAAUAAUGCUGGAGUUAAGAAGUCUCCGUUUCUUUGCUCCAAACCAGAAGACUUUGUUUCCUGCAUAUAGAGUAGGAGUAAUGUUGGUUAGAAACUGGCUGGUGUUUAAAGGUGAAGAUUGUCUUGACUGUUUAACCUAAGCCCUAUUCUGAAGUAAAAAUAAUUGUCUUGGAAAUACUAAGUUGGGGUAACCCAGAUUUGCUUUUGGAACCAUGAAAAUUUUGCUCGUUUUUGACUUUGACAAUACAAUCAUAGAUGAUAAUAGUGACACCUGGAUUAUACAGUGUGCUCCAGAGAAAAAGCUUCCUAUUGAACUACAAAAUUCUUAUAAGAAAGGAUUUUGGACAGAAUUUAUGGGCAGAGUCUUUAAGUAUUUGGGAGAUAGAGGUGUAAGAGAAGAUGAAAUGAAAAGAGCAGUGACAUCAAUGCCUUUCACUCUAGGGAUGGUGGAACUUUUGAACUUUAUAAGAAGGAACAAGGAUAAAUUUGACUGCAUCAUUAUUUCAGAUUCAAAUUCAGUCUUCAUAGAUUGGGUUUUAGAAGCUACCAGUUUUCAUGAUGUGUUUGAUAAAGUGUUUACAAAUCCCGCAGCUUUUGAUAGCAGUGGUCAUCUCACUGUGGAAAAUUAUCAUGCUCAUUCUUGCAACAGGUGCCCAAAAAACCUUUGCAAAAAUGUAGUUUUGGUAGAAUUUGUAGAUAAGCAGUUACAACAGGGAAUAGAUUAUACACGAAUUGUUUAUAUAGGUGAUGGUGGAAAUGAUGUCUGCCCAGUAACUUUUUUGAAGAAGAAUGAUGUUGCCAUGCCACGGAAAGGUUAUACUUUACAGAAAACUCUUUCCAGAAUGUCUCAAAAUCUUGAACCUAUGGAAUCUUCUGUUAUAGUUUGGUCCUCAGGUGUUGAAAUAAUUUCUCAUUUACAAUUUCUAAUAAAUGAGUAACAUGCCAACAAGGAGUAAUAUGGUGUGUAUAGGUUAAGGUUAGGUACAGCAACAUAAAACUAAAACCCCAAAUGCCAGUGGAUUUUUUUUUUUAAGUUGUUUUAUUUUUCCCCCUCUCACUUAAAAGAAUUUCAGAGGUAAGUAUCACAAGGCUGCUGUGGUGCUCUAGCAACCUCAGCACUUGGCUUCUAUCUCACAUUCCAAGAUUGCUGCUCAAGCUCUUUCCCUUACAUCAACACUAGCCAGCAAAGGAGAGGGCAGUAAGUGAGAAGUUUGCACCCUCACUUAAUUUUCUUUGGCUAAGGCUUAGUCAUGGUCACCCCAUCUAAUGGUGAGGAAGGAUGAAAAAUACAAUUUUUAUUCCAGAUGAUCAUAUGCCUGGGGAAAAAUUGAGGGGAAAAGGAGUACUGGAUUGAGGUGGGUGCAAUUAGUGCCUCUGCCAAAUGUGGUUGAUAGAUUGUAUUUUUGAAUUUAUUCCCAGAGAGUAGUCAUAUAUUAUACUUUCUUAGAUGCUUAUUUCAAAAGCAUAUCUAGUAGUUACAGAUCUUAAAAACAAACCUGAUACUUUAUUCACAUAAGAAUAAAAGAUUCCCCAAUAUAUAUAAUGUCCUAUUUUCAAAUAGGUAUUUUUUUUAAAGAUUUAUUUAUAUUUAUUUGAGAGAGAGCAUGAACAGGGGAAGAACAGAGAAAGAAUCCUUGAGCAGAUUACCCACUUAGUGCCAAUCAGGACCCUGACAUCAUGACCUGAGCCAAAACCAAGAGUCAGUCACUCAACCAACUGAGCCACCCAGGCACCCCCUAAGUCAGGAUUUUAUAGAUAGGGAUGAAGUAUCUAUCUCUGAAGUUUUUGUGAUUUUCCUUUUUGAAAUGAAGUAACAGCAUUCUUCAAAUAUUUUAAAUUUAUGUCAGCAUCACAGACUAUAAUCCCAGUAUCCUAGUUUAGUCAGUAUGUUAUUUCUAUUUAGCAACAUAGGGCUUGAACUCACAACUCUAAGAUUGAGACCUGAUCUCAGCGAUCAAGAGUCAGAGCUUAACUGAGCCAAACAGGAGCCCCAUUUUGUUGUUGUUUUUCUUUUUAUUCAAUUGAAGUUUAGUUGAUACUGGGUUACAUUAGUUUCGGGUGUACAACAUAGUGAUUGGACAAGUUUAUAUCUUACGUGUUUAUACAUUAUGCUGUGUUCACCACAAGUGUAACUCCCAUCUGUCACUAUGCAAGGCUGUUACAGUACUGUUGACUAUGUUCCCUAUGCUGUACCUUUCAUCCUGCGACUUAACUCAUUCCAUUACUGGAAGCCUGUAUCUCCCACUCCUCUUCACCCGUUUCCCUUUCCCUCCACCGUCCACCCCUCUGGCAACCAUGGGUUUAUUCUCUAUAUGGGUGUCUUUCUGCUUUCUUUGUUUUAUUUUUCAGACUACACAUAUAAGUGAAAUCAUAUGUUAUAUGUCUUUCCCUGACUUAUUUCACUUAGCUUAAUGUCCUCUAGAUCCACCCAUGUUGUUGCACAUGGCAAGCUCUCAUUCUUUUUUUGUGGCUGAGUAAUAUUCCAGUGUGUGUAUACACAUCAUUUCUUCUUUAAGCAUUCAUCCAUGAUAGACACUUAGGUUGCUUCUGUCUUCUGGCUAUUAUAAAUAAUACUGCAAUAAACACUGGGAUGCAUAUAUCUUUUCGAAUUAGUGUUUCUGUUUUCCUUUGGUAAAUACCCCAUAGUGGAAUUACUAGAUCAUACAGUAUUUGUAUUUUUUUUAAUUGAAUCUCCAUACUGUUUUCCAUGGUGGCUGUGCCAAUUUACAUUCCCACCAGCAGUACAUGAGGGUUCCUUUUUCCUCAUACUCUUGCCAACACUUAUUAUUUAUCUUUUUGUUACUAGCCAUUCUGACAGGUGUAAGAUAGUAUCUCACUGUGCUUUUGAUUUGCAUUUCCCUGAUAAUUAGUGGUAUUCAGCAUCUUUUCAUGUGUCUCUGGCCAUCUAUGUAUCUUUUUUGGAAAAAUGUUGAUUCAGGUCCUCUGCACAUUUUUCAUUUUUGCCCAUUUUUUAAAUUAGAUCUUUGCUUUGGUGUUGACUUGUAAAAGUUCCUUAUAUAUGUUGGAUAUUAACCCCUUAUUGGAUAUAUCAUUUGUAAAUAUAUUUUCCCAUUUAUAGUAGUUUGACUUUUUGUUUUGUUGAUGGUUCUCUUUGCUGUGCAAAAACUUUUUAAAAUUUUGAUGUAGUCCUAAUAGUUUUUGUUUUUGUCUCCUUUGCCUAAGGAGAUAUAUCAGGAAAAAUGUUUCUAAGGCCAAUGUCAAAGAGAUUACUGCCCAUGUUUUCUUCUAGGGCUUUUAUGGGUUCAAGUCUCACAUUUAGAUCUUUAAUCCAUUUUGAAUUUAUUUUUGUGUAUGGUGUAAAAAUCUGGUUUUAUUCUUUUGCACAUAGCUGUCCAGUUUUCCCAGCACCAUUUUAAAAAUUAUUUUUAACUAUGAGCCAUUUCUUUUUUUUGCUUUUUUCUUCUUUCUUUCUUUUCUUUCUUUUCUUUCUUUUUCUUUUUUUUGAGAGAGAGGGAGUGGGGAGGGGCAGAGGGAGAGGGAGUCCCAAGCAGCCUCCACACCUGGAGUGGUUCUCAGUGUGGAACUGGAUCUCAUGAUCAUGAGAUCAUGAUCUGAGCCAAAAUCAAGAGUCAGACACUUAACUGACUCAGCCACCCAGGCACCCCUUCCUAGCACCAUUUAUUAAAGAGACUCUUUCUCAUUGUAUGUUUGCCUCUUUUAUUGUAGGUUAAUUGGGCGCAUAAACUAGGUUUAUUUCUGCGUUCUGUUCUGUUCCAUUGAUCUGUGUGUCUAUUUUUGUGCCAGUACCAUACUGUUUUGAUUAUUAUAGCUCUAUAGUAUAUCCUGAAAUCUGGGAUUGUGAUACUUUUACCUUUGUUCUUUCUCAAGAUUAGCAAUGCAGACUUGAGUGAUACAAUAUAUAACAGUAGGAAUACUCAACAUUUACAAGACUAUUUCAUAUGAGUAUAUUGUAAAACAUGUUUCAUACAUAAAACAUCAACUGCUCUGAAAAUUUUAUAAUUCUAUGCUAAUUUCUAGGCUCUCAUUUUUUAGGCAUGAGUUUCCAUUAUGUAUUGAUAGAAUUUUCUUUUCAUUACAGAAAGCACCAAAAACAGAUUUUCCAUAUAAUUUAGUGGGGAAAAUUGGUACCAUCUAUUUUUUUAGGCUAAAAAAAGUAAAUCUUUGUUUAAAUCUUUGUUUCACUGUAAUUAAUAAAUUAGAUGACAUUGAAAGACAUUUAUUUUUAGGUAUUGAGUAAGGAAAUGAAAUGAGAUUAUCUAGGCUAUUUAGAGCUCCCAGGUGCUUGGCAGAAGAAAUAGGUCUGAUUUUCCUCAAGAGGAAAUUAAUAUCCUGAGUGUGGAGGACGGACUCUAAGGUGGCCCCCAUCAUGAUCCCUAUAUUCUGGUAUUCUGUGUGUGUAGGGGGUGACCUAUGAUUUGCUUCUAAUCAAUGGAAUACCACAAGGAUGAUGGGAUGUAUGUGAUAAGGUUACAUGAUUACAUUACAUCAGAUUGUAAUGCUCAUCUU